AACUUUCUGCACUCACUUCUUUGGUUUCUCGACUUGCUCAAGUUAACCUACAGCAAAAAGCCACGCCGUCUACCAAAUUCUCCUUCACGCCGUUCGAACUCAAUUCUCCUGAGUCAAUCACGGACUGUUUCGAUCGUAUCGAACUUCAACUCAAGCUCUGCAACGCGCCGGCAGAAAAUUGGGCCUCGCAAGCGAGAGUUUUUAUGGGCUGCGACUUAAACGCAUCGCUCAUCAAUCUUGCUUACCCUACCGCAGUAAGUUCUCUAACUUUCCAACAAGUUAAGACUCUCCUGAUCACUCAUCACGAGAAACACCGGAAUAAGUUCUCAGAAGCCAUCCACUUCCGCUCCAUCCUUCAGAAACAAGAUGAGCCUAUUCAGGAAUUUGUGUCUCGCCUGAAAGCCGCUGCUCGCCACUGCCAAUUUGGUGAAUUUUUUAAAUUUUUCGUUAACAGUGCAAUUCAUCCAUGGAGUCCUCCGAGAUGAUAUCAGAGAUGACGUCAUCGCUGCAGAACCUGCGACCUUCGACGCUGCUGUCAAACUUGCAACUUCCAUGCAGGCUUCACGCAACGCUGCCAUCCUGGUAAAAGCCUCUUCAUCUUCAACUUCACACACACCAAGCACACCUUUAAUCAACAAAUUUACACACGAAUCCACGCCAAAAUUCAAACACAACUCACAUGGUAACUCACACUAUUGUUCACACUCCCGAGGUAAGAAGUCUAAUUCUUUUAAACGCUCCAAGUCCUUCGAAACCUCCAACCGAUCCAGAUCCAACCCAUCUGAAAACUAUCAAGAGUCCAAGUUAAAUCCAUGUGAUUCUUGUGGUGGCUUGCACCUCCGAAAGAACUGCAGGUUCAGGAACGCAACCUGUAACUCAUGCAGGACAUCUGGCCAUAUUUCUAGAGUUUGUCGGAAAAAGUCCACUGCCAAAAACUCUGUUAAUACAUUUUAUGCAGUUUAUGAUUUCCCUGAUUCAAUGUCUGAAACUGAAUUUCUUCAGCAUAACAGCAUCAACCGUAUUGGUCAUUCCCCUUCAAAGAAAGAUAAAAUCCCUCCAAUCAUGCUGGAUGUUUCCUUGAACGGUAAGACCAUUCCUAUGGAACUGGAUACAGGUGGAGGCUUUUCUAUUGUCAGUCUUGACUUAAUGCAGAAAUUCUUUCCUAACGUCAAGAUUCACCGUGUCCAAGAGCCCUUGAUUUCCUACAGUAAGACCAAAUUUAACAAAAUUGGCGAAGCUUAUUUCUCAGUUACAUUCGGUAAGCGGACUCUUCAAUUGCCCCUUGGCAUCGUCGACAUUCCUGGUGAAAGUAUCUUUGGAAGAGACUGGAUUUUCUGGUAUAGAGACCUUCUUUCAAUCUCAGAACUCUUCGAACCAGAUCAAAUCUUCACUUCAAAUUCAAACACCAUUCAUAACGUGCAACCAGAUUCUUCAUUAAGUAAGAUUCUUGAUAAAUUUCCAAACUUUUUUCAUGAAAACGCAGGCCUUAUGAAAGGACCCCCUGUUGAUUUUCAUUUUAAAUCAGACUGUGAACCAGUAUUCGCUAAGGCGCGACUCUUGCCAUAUACUCUACUAGACCUGUAUUCACAAGAAAUAGACCGCAAGCUAAAGCUAGGUUUUUAUGAACAGGUUCAAGCUUCUGAAUGGGCAUCUCCUACCCAUGUUGUCUAUAAAAAUGGGAAAUUGAGAAUUACCGGAGAUUAUAAGGCUACACUCAAUCCUUGUCUUAUAGCGGAUGAGUACCCAAUUCCCAAAAUACAAGAAAUUCUUCACAAACUCCGAGGAGCUAAGUAUUUCUGCAAGCUUGACAUUACGGACGCUUUUAUGAGUCUGCCAUGUACGCAAAAAGCAAGUGAGGCAAUGACCCUCAACACACCAACUCAUGGGCUUAUCAGGCCAACCCGAGCUCAAUACGGUGUAUGCAGCAUUCCUGCCAUUUGGCAACGACGACUCCAAGCUGCCUUAUCUCAUCUUAAGAAUGCCAUUAAUUUUUUUGAUGAUGUCCUUGUAUUUGCAGACUCAAUUGAAGACCUUCUCAUUGCUUUAGAAGAAACACUUCAGGCCAUAGCUGAUGCUGGAUUGAAGCUGAAUCGCCCAAAAAGCAAAUUCUUCCUCACAUCUGUUGACUUCGUAGGAUACCAAAUCGAUGCCACUGGUUUACAUAAACUCAACAAACACAUUCUUCCAAUAAUCAAUGCACCCAAACCUAACACAGCCGCGCAACUGCGAACAUUCCUCGGCAAGUGAUCCAUCGUGCAACGAAUUCCAUUCCUUUGAUGAUGAUUUUCAAUCGCAACCUGAUUAUUUUCACUCCUUUGUACUGCA